AUGACUGAAGGCAUUGCCAACAGUGCCAAGGUGCCCAAGGCUCGCUUCAAUAUCGACGCUUAUCUACACCCGAGCAACGAGCGCCCAGGAAGUUUCAACGUUCCUGGUGGGUAUUUCCUCAAUGAUGACAUCGAGGCUUUCGACCCGGGCAUGUUCGGAAACAUGUCACGCGUUGAAGCCCUGUGUAUGGAUCCUCAGCAGCACUUCAGGCAUGCAUAUACGGCCAUUGGUGUCGACAGUGGGAUGCUGGCGAAUCGUGUCAGUUUUGUCUUCGACCUGAGAGGGCCGAGUGUGACGGUCAAUACGGCGUGCUCUUCGUCCAUGUAUGCGCUGCAUCUCGCUUGCCAGGCUAUGGCCCAGGGUGACUGUGACGGUGCUGUCGUGGGGGGCACCAACCUUAUCCUGAACGUGGAUCAACAAAUGAACACGGCGAGAAUGGGGGUCUUAUCGCCCACCAAUCAGUGUCACACUUUUGAUGAGGCUGCGGAUGGCUAUGGACGAGCAGAUGGCGUGGGCGCUCUCUACCUGAGGCCAUUACGUUCUGCCAUCAGGGAUGGGGACCCAAUUCGUGCUGUAAUCAGAUCCACAGCCGCUGGCAGCAGUGGGAAGUGCAAAGACGGCAUUACACAUCCCAGUGUCCAAGGCCAGAUGGAUGUCAUUGCAACUGCCUACAAACGAGCAGGUCUGUCGACUGAUGAGACUGCUUACGUGGAGUGCCACGGAACAGGAACACCCGUCGGUGAUCCUAUCGAGGUUGAAGCCAUCCAACGGGCCAUGGGUAUCUCAGCAUCGAGGUCUGACCCGGUGCUCAUCGGUAGCAUCAAGCCCAACGUAGGACAUAGCGAGGCAGCCAGCAGCAUGGCUACGGUAAUCAAAGCCGUACUGGCACUGGAGAAGGGCAUCAUUCCGCCAACGGCGGGGGUCAAAAAGCUGCAACCGAGCAUUCCAUGGGAUACUAUAAAUGUUCAGGUUGUCACGCAGCCUUUCGUGUGGACAGCUUCCAACAAGCAUGUCCGGCGUAUUGACAUCAACGCUUUCGGCUAUGGAGCGCAUGACGAGCCCACCCUGCGGAAUAUACUCAUCGAUUACUCAACGCUUAGGGUCAGUAAUUCCACGGACAUGCUUAACCUAGCCUACACGCUUGGGUGCCGUCGGACUAAGCUACCGUGGCGGUCUUUCGGCAUUGCUCGCGCGGCGAGCUUGGGGCAAGAUGUCUUGGCCGCAUCUGCCGGAAUUCUUCACGCUGGCAGCGACGCGGCAAGGCCAGCGUUUAUAUUCACCGGCCAAGGCGCACAAUGGGCGCGAAUGGGUGCGGAACUUUUACAGCUCUACCCACUCACCACAAGAGAAACAACUCGGAAACUGGACCGGCAUCUCUCUCAGCUCAAAUCGCCGCCCAGCUGGACGAUAGAGCAGAUAAUGCAGCAGCCGAAGGAGACAAGUGUGAUCAACGAGGCCGAAUAUGCCCAACCACUGUGUACAGCGAUACAGAUCAUGCUUGUGGACCUCCUUUAUCACUGGUCUGCGAGGCCUCUAGCCACAGUUGGACACUCCUCUGGUGAGAUUGCAGCAGCGUACGCUGCUGGCCGAAUCUCGGCCGAGGACGCAAUCACAACGGCCUAUCUUCGGGGAAAGCUCGCCGCAUCACUUGGCGACAACGGAGCCAUGCUGGCUGUAGGGCUCGGCGCUGAGGACGUCGCAAGAAAGUACUUGGCUACUCCGGAAGAACCAUGGAGCUCUGGUCGAGUCGUCGUUGCUUGCCACAAUUCCGCCAGUGCCGUCACUCUGAGUGGUGACGCACAGGCUGUUGAGGCACUGAGACUAUUGCUGGAAGACGACAGGGUCUUCACACGUAUGGUCAAAACGGGCGGGAAGGCGUACCACUCCCACCACAUGAAAACAGCUGCAGGGGAGUACGAGAAGCAGCUUAGGCUGUGCUCUGCCGUAAACGUCGGUGAUUUGUUACCCAAGCUCCCGAUGUUUUCUACGGUUAAUACAAGUACAAUAAGGGACGACUAUAUUCCUGCGUCGUACUGGGUGGAUAGUCUGGUCAGCCCGGUGUUGUUCGAACAGGGUGUCAGCCUGAUGCUGCGCGAAAUGCCAGACAUCAACCUUUUGAUUGAGGUUGGUCCUCAUGCCUCUCUGGCCGGGCCACUUCGACAAAUCCUGCAAGCCGAGAACAAGGCUCUCAGGGUGAACUACUUGUCCACUCUCAAAAGAGGGGAGCACGAUGGAGAGCGGAUGCUCAGUCUGGCAGCCAGUCUCUGGGCUAAGAAUGGGCCUAUCGAUGUGGGUGUAUUGCUUGAGAGCGAAGAUAUAUGCAAAAGGGAUGCAACAGGUAGCGAGGUGGUCGAAACAAAGGCUGCAUCACUCUUGUUGGGUUUACCUACGUACCAUUGGACGUAUUCAAUACCGUGUUGGACCGAGCCACGCAUGAGCAGGGAACAACGCCAGAUGCCAGAACCACGUCACGAUAUCCUGGGCCGCCGCGUUCUGGGUACUUCAGCCCUGGAGCCUAUGUGGCGCAAUAUCCUGCGACAGAAAGACUUGCCUUGGUUGUCCCACCACCGUCUAGGGGGUGAGGUCAUGCUCCCCGGUGCCGGGUAUCUUGCACUGGCUAUCGAAGCCAUCACGCAGAUUAAUCAACAGGAAGCCGUUCCUGCCAUCAUUGAUAGCUAUACCAUACGCGACGUCACCUUUUCAUCUGCUACCGUCAUUCCAGACAACGACACGGGAACCGAAACCCUGUUUCGGAUGCAACCAGUGCUUGGUAGGUCCUCCGGCAAAAGCAGCCUGUGGUACGGUUUUUCUGCGUCCUGCUAUUCGUAUGGCAACUGGAAAGAAACAGCACGAGGCAAGGUCGGGAUCAACGUCUUUAGGGACAGUCACCAAAUGCAUAACCCUGAUGUUCCAUCGGACGCGCCAUGGAGGAAAGCAAAGCACAUUCACUGGCUUGACAAGCUACGAACCCUUGGAGUGGACCUCGGUCCGGCAUUCCACCGCAUCGACGAUAUAUACACAUCGGCUGAGCAUUACAAUGCCCAUGCGGAGCUAACAAUCAGCAACACGUGCGGACUCCUCGCAGCCGAGUCUCGCUACUUGAUGCAUCCCUCCGUCAUCGACUCUUGUAUGCAACUAUCGACAGCGGCCACUCACCGUGGUGAUCUCGACGCUAUGCACUGCGGAACCAUCCCCACGCACAUUGGCGAGGCGACGUUCUUUGUGCCAUCCGUGGAACACACUAAAAGGCCCAGCAAAGUGCAUGCUUGGACCCCUCCACCGCUGGGUACCCGCGCUUUUACGAGCCAUGUUCUGGUCAAUGGGUUCGACGGAUCAGUCCUGUUGCAAUUGUCCGGCUUCCGGCAUGUCUACUACAGCGCAGCAGUUCCCCACGAGAUGCGAGGCCCGAUGUCUCGGGACCUGUACCUCCAUGAUAAAUGGAAUGUGGAUGCGAAGUAUCUGGAAAGUUCUCAGGCGGCAUCAUUUUCUGAGGUCGUAGAAAUCCUGCUCCACAAGUACCAGGGAGCCACUCGGAUCCUCUGUCUAGACCCUGAACUCAUCCCUUUCUUCCUGACGAGUUGGCCGCGGCUCACCGUGGUCGUUGGCGUCGCCUCGUCUCAGCAAGAUAAGAAGAGCAUGAUCCUGGCCAGAUACGGCGAGCGGGUGAACCUAAGGUUUCUUGAUGUGAACGAAAAUCUGGCUACAGCACCAAAUGGUAAUAGUACCGACUUGUCUCAACGGGAGGGAUACGAAUUGGUUGCCUCAUCAUCUGGUGCUUGUCCAGAGGGCGCAGAGCUGGCGAGUCUCCUUCAGAUGCUCUCUCCGAACGCACGACUUGUUAUCCAGGACGGUAAAACUGCGACAAUCCAGGAGCUUGCGAAGCACAUCGGGUCUCUUUUGGAACCCAUCGGCAUUCUUGCGGAUGGUAGCAUCGUAGCAAGGAGGAGCAAGACCUGCAAUACUGGUGCAAAUGGGAGUGUUGUGAUGGUCAAGAGCGAGGAAGGCCACAGCAAGAUCGUCAAGAAGUCUGUCCCCCUUGUUCUUCAUCACGAGCAAAGCAACUCACCGCUGCUCGAUCCCAUCAGCCAAAGACUAGCAAGUGCAGGAUGGACCUUUCGCUGUGGGGUGCUCGGUGAUCCUGAUUUGAUCUGCGAGCCCUACGAACGGGUUGUCCUACUGGAUGAUGACCCUGCGAGCGGAGCAAUCCUCGCGCAUGUCGACCAAGACCGUCUGCGCGGCGUUAUCAAUCUCACUGAGUCUGCCUCAUCCCUUGUAUGGAUAACUCGCGGAGGGCUCCUCACCGGAGACAGACCAGAGUAUGGCAUGACGACAGGGGCGGCUCGAGUCAUCAGGACCGAGAAGGGUUCCGGUUUUGACCUGGUGACGGUUGAUUAUGACCAUGUCAGGUCGGGCUCGGGGGAGCAGGUGGCUGUGCUGGUGAGCGACAUAUUGCGCCGACAGCACACCAGCAAGAGCGAGGUUCAUCCUGGUAGCGAGAAAGAGUACUGCAUCAAAAGCGGUGCGGUGUACAUCCCCCGCCUAGUACAACACAAUGAUGUGAACACUCAGUUUGUUCUGGAUUCCGGCAUCAAUACAACACUCGACCACCAACAUUACCAACGAGCAGCAGUGCCUGCAGUACAGGCCCAGCUUGAACAGGUCACAGGCGCGCUCACAUAUCGUGUUGAUGGCUGUGACCCAAGGUCUCGUUCUCUGGAACCUGAUGAGUUGCAAGUGCACGUUGCGGCUAUUGGCCUCACAGCGGACGACGGGGUAGACGACACCCACUUCCUGAGCCACCAAUUUGCUGGCACGGUGGUGCGUGCAGGUCAUAAUGCCAAUGAGGAGUUCCCACCCGGGACCCCGGUCGCGGGUUUCGCCUCCGGCUUCAGCGGCCAGCUGGCUACAUUUCAGCAUACGUCGUCGCGGCUUGUCUUCUCUUUGGCCAGCGCUCGGGAGGACGGUAAAUUUGGGAUAACAGAAGCGGCUACGAUCCCGUCGGCCUUUGUUGUUGCCAUGUACGGGCUCAAAGAGCUCGCGCGUGUCGAGCCUGACGAGAAUGUGCUGAUUGUGGAUGGGAUGGGUGCCGUCGGCCUGGCUGCCGUCCAGCUGUGCCGUGUGCUCGGUGCAAAGGUCAUCUUUGUGACCUUGUCUGAGGCUUCCCGACGGGUGCUUGUCGACAGUGGGCUUGUUGGCUCAUCCUGCCAGGUGAUUCUAUGGAGUCAUGAACGAGACCAGGGCAACGGCCAAGGCUGUCUGCGCCGUCUAAUACAGGACGCACUUACAGCCAAAGGAAGUGGUUGUGGUAGUAUCGAUGCCGUCUUGUGCUCGGCGUCCGUAUGCCAAACAUCGGUUCUUGAGGCUGUUGGCCCAUGCCUGUCAGAACUUGCAAGAAUUGCAGUAGUGGGGAAAACUGAGGCCCGUGGCGAUGGAGACAGCAUCUUAUCGGCAAUCUUGCCAUCCAUUCGUGGUUUAAGCCUGUCUUACUUCCAGCUGAGAGACGUGGCUGAGCGUCGGCCAAGAGUGUUCUCCAGGAUCUUACGUUAUUGUGGUGAUCUCUACCGUCAAGGAGCCAUCCAGCAUAUACACCCUAUCACAGAACUAAGACCGAGUGAGGUGCUGAAGUCUCCAGUCCCAGCGGAUAUAGGCCCAGGUAUCCACGUCGUACGCUAUGAUGAGGGUACUUCGUUCGAGAUAGACGGCCCUCUAUCACCAAGUCCACUACGGUUCAGGGCCAAUGCUACGUACCUGCUGGUAGGUUGUCUUGGCGGCCUCGGGCGCGCAGUGGCUCUUUGGAUGGCAGAUAGAGGCGCCCGGCAUGUCGCUGAAAUCAGAGGCAGGACUCCCCCAGGUCCGCCCAUACGUGGCGUGCUAAAUGCUGCAGGCGUCCUGCACGACGGGUUGUUCAGCAAUAUGACAGCACCGGUCUGGCAUCAAGUGACCGAUGCCAAGGUCGAGGGCUGCCUGAACCUGCACCACGUAUUCUCGCCCUCACCGGCAAAUGACGGUGGAGAGACACAGACACUAGAUUUCUUUGUAAUGACCAGCUCGGUCGCCUGCGCGUUGGGGUCCGGUGGGCAGUCCAACUACGCCGCCGCAAAUGCCUUUCUUGACUCCCUCGCUCGUCACCGCCGCACACGAGGGCUUCCCGCUGUGUCGCUCAUUCUUCCGGCCAUUCUGGGCAUCGGCUAUAUUUCCGAGCACCCAGAGCUCGUCAAGUCCUUCCAGGGCAAGGGAAUGUACGGUAUAUAUGAGAAAGAGAUGCUCGAGGCGUUCGGCGUGGCCUUGCGACCGCAGGGUCCUCCACACGGACACGACACGGUCGGCGACCACCUAAUCGUUGGCGUCCAGCCUCGGCGUUUUGGGGAGUCUAUCCGCGCCGCCGGUGCCCACGCUCCCUGGAUUGAUGAUGCGAGGUACAGAUGGCUGCGGGCAGCAGUGGAGGCCCAGACCGGCGUGCACGCAGAUACGAGCGGCGGCGGCGGUCAAGCAUUUGGAUCACGACAGAACAUCUUGUCCACAAUCCGCGAAGCAUCUAGCAAGGACCUCGCCGUUGAGGCAGCAACUAAGCAUGUGGCUGCGCGGCUGGUACAAUUGCUUAUGUUGGAUGAGAGAAGUUUGGACACGAGGCACAAAUCGGUAGGGAGUUAUGGCUUGGACAGUAUGAUAGGUGCAGAAUUUCGCAAUUGGCUCUUCCGCGAGUUUGGUGCUGAUAUUCCUUUUCAGCAACUUCUUGCGGGAAAUGCAACCAUUUCGGAGCUGGCAAGAAUGUUGUGUGAGAAAGUGUUGACAAACAAGGAUUGUUGAAGCAUCUUUGUUGCAAUAUUUCCACUACAAGUACAAUAGUUCAUGCAUUGUAAUAUUUCGGAAUAAGAUGAAUGAAUACCACAUGUGUCGAACG